AAGUCUUAUUUCUAAAACAAAGAAAAAAAUGGCUUCGCCACAUAAAAACUUAAAGAUUGAGGAAAAUGGAUCUCGUUUGAGUAAACUUUUAAUCAAUAAAGGAACCCAAGCCUUAAAAACAACAUUACAAUCUUUAUUAAAGCCAUCAGGUUUAGCUGGUAAACUUAAAGAUCCCUCUACAAAGAAGACGCUAACAUCUCUAAAAGUUAUUAAAGUCAUCAAGAAUGAGCAAUGGGAUCUUCUUUACCCGUCAGUUGGUGAACCUGACAUUGAAAACUUUGACAUCACAUUAUUAACUGUCUUAUUGCGAAAUAUAUGUGGUCUAAAAGCGCCGAAAAGAGGAUGGGAUAAUCUUCCUUCUUCUUCAGAUUCUUCAGACUCAGCAAACAUUGCAAGAAUAAAGUUUUAUCGAAACAAAGUGUAUGGCCACAUAAGCACAACUAGUGUAGAUGAUAGUGAAUUUGAGAACUUGUGGCAGGAAAUUUCAAAAGCAUUGGUUGGUCUGGGUAUUCAACAAACUGAAAUAGAUGAAUUAAAGAAAGCUCCCCUAACUACCGACGAGGCAAAUUAUAUUGAAAUGUUAAAAGAAUGGUAUAAAAAAGAAGAGCAGUUAAUCGAUGUCACUGAAGAAAUCAAACAAGAUGUGAAAGUAUUAAAUAGAAAUGUUGUGGAGAUGGCAACAAAAGUUACGAACAUAAAUGAGGAUGUAGCAGGAGUAAAAAAAAUGUUACAGGACAAAACAUAUUUAGUUGUCGAAAAGCUUGGAAAGUGUAAGUUUGAUGGUCUUAUAAAGAAUCUUAACAAGAAAUACCUUGAAGGCACUAGACAAUGGUUAUUUCAAAAACUCGACACUUGGUUUAACGAUAGAAGUGAAGAUGCUUCUAAUGUCAUGGUUUUGAUUGCCGGUCCAGGCGUUGGUAAAAGUGUGUUUGCUGCUGAGGUGUGUCGACGAUAUUCUGAAAAGAAGAAACUUGCUGCUUGUCAUUUCUGCAGAUAUAAUAUAUCAGAUUAUAGAAAUCCUCGAAUAUUGAUAGAAUCAUUGGCUAGUAGCAUGUGUGAUACAAUAUCAAAUUUUAAAAGUAAACUGAAUGAAGAAUUACAGAGAAAUCAUUCCAAAGAAUCGAUCACCGAUGAAUUCAUUGUUUUAUUAAAUAAUCCAUUGCAUUCAUUGGAAGAUCAUGAACCAAUGCUUUUGGUUAUUGAUGCCUUGGAUGAAAGUCAAGUUGAUGGCAAAAGUGAAUUGUUGGAAUUGAUUGCAAAAGAGUUUGACCUACUGCCUAAAUGGAUUAAAAUCUUCAUCACCAGUCGUCCAGAACUUCCUGUUCAAAAGGAGUUGAAAGACAUGAAUCCUGUGGAAAUUACAACUCAUCCUCGUGAUAUAAACAACGAAAAAGACCUGCACAAGUAUUUGGAACAUCAGUUGAACAAUCGUGUGCAGAGAUAUCGCUACGUUCCAUCGUCAUUGGUUAAAAAAUGUGAGGGAUCAUUUCUUUAUGCGUAUCACGCACAACUGAGCUUAAAGAAAGAAAAUAUUGAGCUUACAGGCGAGAAUAUUGAUCAAUUGGUCCCUAGUGGUUUAAGCGGUGUUUACACAAAGCAAUUCAAAAGAGUAAAAGAUUUAGCGAAAGAAAGUCCCGUAAAUUCUGUUAUCUCAGAAACUACUUUCAUGCAAUUUCUUGAAUUGUUGGCUGCCUGUCGGGAGUUUUUACCAUUAACUUUACUGUUUAGCUAUUUAGGUUUUUCUGCUGACAUCAAGUUUAAAGUCCGCAGUAAAAUCAUUGAAUUGUUAUCUCAAAUUUUGCCAGUUUACGAUUAUUGUUUAACCGUGUAUCACAAAUCUCUAAUUGAUUGGUUAAAAUCAGAUGGUUAUGAACAGCAUGAGUUUACAGUUUAUCCAAAAAAUGGUCAUAAGUUCUUAUGGCAUGCUUGUGAGAAAGUGUUUGAACAAAUCAAGUCGAUGAACAUUUUUAAAGAUCAGAUGAACACUGCUAUGAUUAAAUAUGCUUUGGAGAAUGGAAUUUAUCAUAUGUCAGAAUGUGGCGAAAAUGUUGACUUUAGUUGGGCAGUAGAUGUGAAAGUGGUUUGUGCGAGGUUAAUGUGUGGGAAAGACAUUUACGUGGGUACCAUAAGUUCUGAAUUGUUUGAAAUCAUUGAUGAACGACGUACUUUCUUGAAAAAAGAUGUACUUGAGGAAGUACUAUUUCAUUUGUUUAGGUUAAAGAAAUAUAGGUCAUAUCUGUGUGAUGAUAGCUCAAUUUAUUUACCAAUUAUUGCAAACAGAAUUCAUGGCAGUAACGAAAAAAGAUUAUUGGCAAGGGAUUUAUUGAAACAAGGAAAAUUUACUUGGUUUGAGGAUUUAGACACAACAUAUUUAACAAGCCAUCAUCAUUUGACUGUCUCCUUGCGUGCUAACGUUACAUCUCUUUGUGUGUCGUCCAAUGAAGAACUUCUUGCUGUAGGAUAUGAAAAUGGUCAAAUAUCUAUUUUUGAGCUUCCAGAAUUUACAGAAAGAUGCACUCUAGGCACUGCACUCGAUGAUUCAAGUUUGGAUAAGUGGGAUGAUGUAGUAAAAUUUAUGUCCCUGUAUAAAAACAGUGACUAUUCAACAUUAAUAAAAAGGCGUUUUGUACAAGAAAACAUAUGUUGUUGCUCCUUUUCACCUACCGGAAAUAGACUGGUAACUAGUGAUGGAUCUACUGAAGUAAAGUUGUGGAACGUUAACAAUGGACGUUUGUUAUCAUGUUUACAGUCAGAUGAUGUCGUUAAUCGUUGCUCUUUCUUAGAUUCUGGUUUGUUUAUUACAGCAAGAUAUGAUGGUUUUGAAGAUGUGUUCACUGCAUGGAAUUCAUUAACUUUGCAAAGAAUCGAUCGACGCUGCGUUGUUGAUUACCAAAAACUACAAUGCAUCGAUAAAUAUUCAGAGUUCUAUUUUGCAGAAAUCGUCGAGACUUCGUGUGUUUUUCAAUUCCCAAAGGCAAUCGAUAUAUUUUCAAAUGAAUAUAGAUAUUUACCAUCUUUUAUGACAACACACAAUUAUCGUGAUUGUAUUUUUUAUCAUACAAGCCAGAAUGGAAAGCUUUCUGAAAACACUCAGUUGACAAAAUACAACGAUCAAGGAGAAAUCGAGUUUUGUUUACCAGAUGUUGAGUGUCCAUGUGUUGAUAGGUUUCUUAACGAAGUCCAUCCCAUCUCGUUUAAGGAAUUUUACGUUGUGCCGUAUUUUUCCAAGCUUAAAAUUUUCAAAACUGAUCAUCUUUGGAGACCUUCACUUAUCUUUGAGAAAUUUAAAAUUAAAUGUUGUUGUUUUUCACCGGGUGGAUCUUUUUUGGCUGCUUUUGUUGCCGUUGGUGACCACGUCAACAUUGAUAUUUGGAGCAUUGAACGUUGCACUAUUAUUCAAACUGUACCAAUGCAACUGAAGAAAGCAAAAGGAUGUUGGUGGUCUGAUGGUUUACUGUGGAUAUGGGAUGGUUCUGAUCAUCUUACGAAGAUAUCAACUUCAUCUGAAAUUUUUGUAGAUUCUACUCAAGCAAAGCAUGUUAACAUUGGAUUUAAGCCUAAGAAAAUUUUAACAUUUGGUGAUGUCUUAGUUUGUAAAGACCGUAAAGGUUUUGUUCAAGUUGUAAGAAUUACCAAGGGUGAGAUACAAUACAAAAAAAGACUUCCUGUCGCUAGGUCAAAAUUUAAAGCAGCAGCUGUAUCACCUGAUAAUUCUGUUAUUUUAACUGUAAACAAAACAGAAUACACAUUAUGGAAAUGGGGAAAUGAGAACAAUGAACUUUACUUGGAACCUUGGCAUACUGCAGAAAUACCCGUAACGUCUUUUUAUGAAGAAUUUUUUCAGAAACAUAUAAAUGUUCGUUGUCUUCGAGUCCGUUGCUUUAUAAGUGAUAGUAACCAAGCGGUCAUUCAAUGUGAUAUUAAACUCGGCUAUUACAAAAAGACACUUGGCAUUUAUGUAAUCAAUAUGCUUAAAAACAAUGACGUGAGUGCGAUUUGGCAUUAUAUCCGUGGAUGUUUUUGGUCUAGCACAAUCGUACAUAAAUCAUAUUUCAUUGGUGCUGAAUAUGAUUCUGUUAGGAAAUUGUAUGCUGUAGACUUAAAGAGUGGUGAAAAAAGCAGUUUUUAUGACGAAGAAUAUUAUUUGAAGUCUGUUAUAACUUUUUAAGCUCAAUGUUCCUGAAUGAAUGCACUAACUCAACCUUUUUUUAGUUAUAUUAACCUAUCGUAUUUACUAACAUUACAUAUCACUUAAAACGAACAUAAAAAGUUCUUUAUAUCACAAAAGGACAGUUAUUUAUGGUAUCAACAACGAACUCAAAAAUAUU